AUGGUAAAUUGGCAAAUUAAAGAAACGAACGGUAUUAAAUAUUCUCUGCAUCAAAUAUAUUAAUAUUCGUUUAAUGAAGUUCAAAUAUUUAUUAUUAAAUACAUUGACAUGUAUUAUUUUAAAUGAACGCUUAAGCUACAGCAAGUGGCUAUAGUGGAGAAGCUCCUAAUUCCAAAAGUCAAUUAGGGACCCCGUUAGAUAUCAAGUUAAUAACAACAGAUACACGACAUAUAGAUGUUUGUCCCUAAUAAACUUUUGUUGACAAAUCUCUCUGGUGUGUCAUGUUGGAUUUCGCGCGCUUCCCCCCCCCCCUCGGCCAUGCAGAGCUAAUAUGACAGAAGACCGCAUGGAUAGCAGUCAUAAUUGAACACUUAAAUUUGUAAUGUAUCAAAAGUAAUUAAUGAGUGAUGUUGUCUCAUUUUGUGUUGGUUCACACAUUUCUUUUCGUUGAUGUUGAGAACAGAGAUUAAUAACAGUGUGAUAAACCACCCCGGGUGACAAAAUACGGCGAAAUGUCGUCUGGGACAGAAGAAAAGGCAGGACUUUUGUCCAGGCUGGGACUUAAUGAUAACAAAGCUGGAAUGCAGAACUUGGACAGAGAAAAAAUCAACCAGAUUAUAUACGAAGCUUCGAAAGGUUCAAAAUAUUUUGAAAAUGAGAAAAAGAAAGACAAACAGGUUGAUAUAAAGAUUGCUGAACAACGACAGAAAAUUGCCCACUUCACUGCAAAAGAGAUGAACAAGGCUGAAAAAGAGGCUGAUGCUCUUCUGAAGAGACUAGAAGAGAAAAGGGACCUGAGCCGAACCAUUGUACAUAUUGACAUGGAUGCUUUCUUUGCAGCAGUUGAAACGAGAGACAAUCCUUCUCUCCUGGACAAACCCAUGGCUGUUGGAAGUAAUUACAUGCUUUCAACUUCUAAUUAUAUUGCUCGUCGUUUUGGAGUGCGAGCUGCAAUGCCAGGUUUCAUUGCUAAGAAGUUGUGCCCUCAGUUGGUGAUAGUUCCUUCGAACUUUGCUCAGUACGCAGCUGUCAGUAAAGAAGUCAAAGACGUCCUUGUUAAAUACGACAAACAUUUUUGUCCAGUCAGCUUCGAUGAGGCUUACUUAGACAUCACAGAACAUUUGAAUCAUCGUAAGACACUUCCUAAAGAGAAACGAACUGUUAUAUGCCGUACUUGUGACCGAUUAGAUCCACGUUAUUGCUCUUGUGAUCCAAAUAAGUCUGAUUGUGAAUCAACAGAACAUGAAAAUCUGAGCUUUGUUCAAGAUAAGGAAACACCAAGUGCUGAUCAGCUCUGCUUCCAAGAACAAGACAGAAGUAAUUUACCACUAAUAGAAGACCCUUCAUUAGUUAAGGGACUAGAUGUUAAAAUGUGUCCUUUGUGUAAACGAGAGGUGCCUAAUUACAGAGAAGAAGUAUUUGGUGUGUCUGCAGAAGAGGCUGUCAGAGAAAUCCGACGUAAAAUUGAACAAAGAACUCAGUUGACUGCUAGUGCUGGAAUUGCUGCCAACACUUUACUGGCCAAAAUUUGUUCAGAUAGAAACAAGCCCAAUGGUCAGUUCAGUCUCCCUCACAUUACACAUGUUAUAAAAGAUUUCGUCACUGACCUUCCUAUAAGAAAAGUCUCUGGUAUUGGCAAAGUGACAGAGAAAAUGCUGCAGGCCAUUGAUAUUGUCACCUGUUCCCAGUUGUACGAACAACGAUCUUUACUCUAUCUCUUGUAUUCUGAAAUUUCUUUCAAUCACUUUAUGUCUGUCGCUCUUGGCAUUGGUUCAACUCAUGUCGAAAGUGAUGGUGAUAGAAAAAGCUUGAGUACUGAACAGACAUUUUUUGAACUCAGUGAUCCGGCCCAACUCUAUGACAAAUGCCUGGAACUAAGUAAGAUAUUGGCUUCUGACCUCCAGGAAGAGAAUUUCAUGGGUCGGACUGUCUCAUUGAAAAUAAAGACAGUAGAUUUCGAAGUGAAAACCAAGUCCCAGACGCUCACUCGCCACACAUGUGACGAGGUUCAGAUCUAUAAUGUCGCCAGGAAUCUUCUUCAAUUAGAAAUUCAAAAUUCAAUGCCAAAACCUUUCAGGCUUCGGUUAAUGGGUGUCCGGAUGUCCAAUCUUAUUUUAUCCUCUCAGUUUCCAAAAAAGGAUAGUAUAGAAUAUUUCAUGAAGAAAGACCCCUCUCCGAGUGAUACGAACUUACUUACUGAACAUGAGAAAAAAUGCCAAAAUGAAACGGUACCAAAUGAGUGUGGACAGGCCGAGAGUUCUAGUGACUAUCUGGAGAAGGGGAUUUCUGAAAGUCCUGGUCAUUAUUGUCCAAUUUGUGAUAGAAAAUGUCCGAAGGAUCUGAGGUUGUUUAAUGCUCAUAUUGAUAAGUGCUUGUUGCAGCAAUCUGGGGGAAAUGAUCGCAAAACAAAGAGGGCUUCCCCAUUGGUGACCAAUGCAGAUUUUGAAGAUUUUUUAGAAUUCUCUACCAUCAAAACUUCAAGAAAAACUAAGAAAAAAACCAAAAUGACCCAGAAAAAUUUGAAGACUGUAUUUGAGGAAACUUUAGUCAGAAAUGGAAUUCCAACAGAUUCUUGUCUUGAAAAAUCUGAGUGUAAAAGCGAAAACCUUUCUGAAACUGAAAAUAUUCUGAAACGAAGAAAGGACUGUAAAAAAACUUGUACAAAAGAGAAUUCUUCAGAAACUGAGCAAAAAGACAGCAAUGGUGUAAUAUUAGAGAGUUGUGUUGAUUCUGGAACACUUAAGCACCAUCUGUCUUCUGAUGGUGUUGCUGCUGAGGUCGAGGAAGAAAGCUGUCUCCAUGAAAAUAAAAGUCUUUCACCAUCUGUAAGUAAACUCGGUAAUUCUGAAGAAUUAUUAGUAAGUGGCUGUGAAAACCCUUCCCCUGAGUGCUCAACUGCAACUGCAGAUGUUUCUAAAGUUUCAGAAUUAAAUGAUGCAGACAUGGAACAAAUUCUUACAAGACUUCAUAGAACAAAAGAGGAACCUUCAAAAGUAGACAGAAUUGAUCUUGUUAAGAGUUGUCCUGAAUAUGUUACAGACCCACACAGUAAGAAUUCAAGGAAACAGUCUGAUUGUGAUAACACAGAAAAGGGUACUGAUUGUUCUUCGGCAGACAUUGCUAAUUCUACUGGCCUGAAACCAUUUGGUACCAAUAUUCAAACCAAGUUUAAAAAUAUACAAGACAAUAAAUUUUUAAAGAAAACCUUAAAGAACUGCAAUUUAUUGAAAUAUUUUUCUAAAUCUAGUGUAAAUAAAAGAGAAGAAGAAGAAGAAGCAGAAGAAGUAAACCAGUGUUUGGGUUUCAAUGAGUCUUUGAAAUGGUCAGAAUCUACAGAAAGAGUUGUUGUUGAGAAGACAGACGGAUCGAUAUUGGAUGAAACUAUUAGCUCAGAACAAGAAGUUGAUGCUGGUGGUCUGUUGAAUAAUGAAGAUAUCACUGACCAGCAACAGACAGUAGCCAAGACUAGUCUGGGACAUAGUGUGGUCAGUGACAAAUUACAGAAACAGGUUGACUCUGGGAAAGACAUCAGUUCGGUCACUGAUAAACUACAGCAAGAGGUUGACUCUGGUCAGAUAAAUAGUUUGGACUGUGAUAAACUACAGCAGGAGGUUGAGACUGGUCAAGAUAUUAGUUUGGUUGUUGAGAAAGUACAGCAGAUAGUUGAAACUGGUCAAGUAAGUAGUCUGGCCAGUGGCAAGCUACAGAAAGAGGUUGACUCUGGUCAGAGAAUUAAUUUGGCCAGUGAUAAACUACAGAAAGAGGUCGACUCAGGUCAGGAAAUCAGCUUGGUCACUAAGAAAAUACAAAAAAUUAAAAGUGGUCGGAGAAGGAGUCUGGUCAGUGUUAAACUAGAGACAGAGGUUCAGACUGGUCAAGAAAUCAAUCAGGACAGUAACAAAGUAGAGACUAGGGCUGACUGUGACCAGGGAGGAAGCAGCAAUGUCACUGAACAAUUACAAAAAAUAUUUAAUAGUGGUCAGUUGGACAGUGUGACCAGUGGUCAAUCUCAUGGGUCAGCUAAUACUGGUCAAACAGAUUGUUCAAUUUUUCACUCACAUUCAAUGAAACUUUUUCCCCAUUCCACUGAAAAUUCUAUUAAAACUAGUGAAUCUAUGAUUAAUGUGGAAACUAGUUGUAACCAUGGAGAUAGUCCAAACAAUGAGGUUGCUUCUAGCUGUCCACCUCAGUUUCAGGGGUCAACUGGUUGCGUCAGUAUAGACACACAGUUUCACUCACCAGCUAAGACAACCUCAAAACUUCCUCAAGACAAGGAGUUCCCUACCGAGAGGGACAACGGUCAGACAACGGAAUUGGUACACCAAUGUCCCAUUUGUAACAAAGACAUACUAAUUACUGACAUGUCUACUUUUAAUGAACAUGUUGAUCUGUGUUUAAACCAAGGAACAAUCAGGAAAAUUCUGUUGGAACAAGGAGAAGAACUGAAGAAUUCUGCCAAGCAUAAAAGGCCUGCUGAAACCCCAAGUCCAGACAUCAACAAAAGGAAGAAAUCCUUAAAACACAAUUCUACACCAAGAAUUGAUUCCUAUUUCUUUAGUGUUUAAAACAAAUAUUUGUACAUAAUUUUAUAUUUUGAUAAUAGUAAAAUGAUUUUAAAGCCAGUCUCUCUUUAA